AUGAGCCAGGACAAGAAUAAAGAUCCCGAAGCAACUUGCCCCGUUGAUGCAACGGCACGAGCUGCCUGGCUCGCAACCAAUUCUAAGAACUCCACCGAACAAUGUAGCAACCAAAAUUCUCGAGAGAUAUCGAAUCAUGCUGGCAGCAAUCCAGCUCCGCGCCAGUCAAGCCUCACGGCUGUAACUUCAAUAGCUGCAACGCUACUUUCUAGUCUUUUAUCUCCAUGGCCAGCUCCGCCACAUAUGCGGCAAGGUAGCGGCGUCGUCCUUGGCCACGAAAGAGAGAUCUCAACCAUACCACGCGCCUCCCUAGUCGCAGACAGUGCCACGGCAGCGCCGGCGAAUUGUGAACGAGAAGGUGGCGUUAGUGAAGGCGGCAAUUGGAUCUACCCAUCUGAGAAGAUGUUCUUCGAAGCUAUGCGCCGUAAGGGGUAUCAGGGUGAGACUAGGGAUAUGAAAACCAUCGUUCCUAUUCAUAAUGCCGUAAAUGAGCGCGCAUGGAAGGAAAUAAAACAAUGGGAAGCUUCAUGGGAUAGUGAUAAAUUAUGUGGAGGUCCAAAAUUACACUCGUUCUCAGGAAUAUCAAAAAAAAUGAGUCCUAAAGCAAGAAUCAAUACUUGGCUAGGAUAUACAGCGCCAUUUGACAGGCACGAUUGGGUAGUGGAUCGGUGUGGAAAGAAAAUCGACUACGUGAUUGAUUUCUACGCAGGAAAAGAUGAUGGCAAAGGCAACGGAAAAUUAAACUUCUUCCUCGAUGUGAGACCAAAAUUAAAUUCUUUAGAAGGGUGGAAGAUGAGAGCGGCAAAUCUGCUUGGCUUUGUAUAA